AUGGGGUUCGACAAGCAAGUGUGUGUAGAGGCUAACGGGUUCGCAGGAGGUAUCUGGGUCAUGUGGCAGGAGGGAGAGGUCAAGAUGGAGGAGGUUACCCGAGCGGCCCAGUCCUUGCAUAUGCGUGUCAACCUCCAUAACGGGCAGACGGGUUAUCUUACAGCCGUGUAUGGGAGCUCCGUCCAAAGCUCAAGGCGUGCCUUGUGGGACACUAUUAGGGAUCUGGCAGUAGACGUUGAGGGUCCUUGGCUUCUGACCGGGGAUAUCAACGCCCUCCUGGGGCCAUAUGAGAAGCAAGGUGGAGCGCCUUUCAAUUUGGCCCCAAGCAGAGAGUUCAAGGAUUGUGUUGAUGAGUGCGGGCUCAUUGAUGUCGAGUUCUCUGGACAAUGCUUCACUUGGCAGCAGGGAUCCCUACGACAAAUACUAGACUGUGCUUUGUGUAAUUCAGAUUGGCGGCAGAGCUUCCCGGAGAUGAAUACUCUCCACCUUCCUAAGCUCAAGUCAGAUCAUCGACCUAUCCUUACAUGUUCGAACGACAUGCUACUGCAGGAUCCGUCUCGCAAGCCUUUCCGAUUCUUAGCUCCCUGGCUACUCCAUUAUGAUUUCCCUCACAUCCUACAAGAAGGCUGGUUAGCAGGGCUGGAGUACAAGGAGGCAGUGAUAGGGCUUACCUCGGCACUUUGCAGGUGGAACAAAGAAGUAUUUGGCAAUGUCCUUGAGAAAAAGAGGAAGCUGGCAAACCGUCUUUGUAGGUUGGAGGAGCUGAAUGAGCAGUCGCCCUCCCCGACCAGUCUCCACCAGGAGGAGUGUAUCCGGAACGAGCUGAUGGAGGUACUUAAGCACGAGGAGAUCCUAUGGUACCAGAAAUCCAGGGAGAAGUGGUUUGUGCACGGUGAUAGUAAUACUAGGUUCUUCCACCUGUCUACCCUAAAGCGACGAUGCCGAAACUGCAUAAGAAGAUUGAAGUCUGUGUCAAAUGAUUAG